AUGCGGCUGUUCACUAUCACAACUUUGCUCCUGUUGUUCUUCAGCACAGGGCUGGCUCUGCAGAUUCAGUGCUACCAGUGUGAGGAGAUGACACACGACUGCUCAAUGCCAGAGUUCAUCGUCAACUGCACCGUGAACGUGCAGGACAUGUGCCAGAAGGAGGUUCUGGUGAAGGAGGACGGGAUACACUACCGUAAGUCCUGCGCCUCGUCAGGAGCUUGUCUCAUCGCCUCUUCGGGCUACCAGCAGUUCUGCACCGGCAAGCUCAACUCAGUGUGCAUCACCUGCUGCAACACGCCGCUGUGUAACGGACCACGCCAGAAGAAACGACCCCAACCGUCCGCUGCCAUUACCCUGACCCAGCCACAGCUCCCCGUGUUCUCCUCCUUCAUCCUCCUCCUGCUGUCCUGCGGCCUGUGCUGA